UCGGAAAUGCUGUCGGAUGAGUGCUGAUUUCCUCUACACUAGCUCUAUGGCUAAAUAGCUCCGAUAAAACAUUAUAAAACUUUGCCUUGUAGAACAAUUGAACAAACAUGGACAGCUGAAACUGUACUUUUCGUUGGGUUAAUGGUUUACGGUUGAUAGUUAACGUUAUUAGACCUCUUCUUCACUGACUCCAGUGUGUGGACUGAGGAGGAUGCUAGCCUGUUUGUUAGCAAACAACUGCAGGAAAUGAGCCUGUUAGCAUAGAGAGCCAGCCUGGUGUUACUAUGAGGUUCAUAUUUUCUUCUUUGAGCUCAUACUCCAUGUAAAUCACCUCUUCGCGAUGGACAUCGAGGCAAUAGUUAUCCGAAUAAAAACACCAGCAGGAGACAUGGACUCGUCCGUGGACUGUCCAUCUCUACUAAACUUCAAUGACCUGCUGGUGGCCAUCAGAGAUGUCAUGCCUGAAGCCACUGUUACAGCCUUUGAAUAUGAAGAUGAGGUGGGAGACAGAAUCACUGUAAGAAGUGAUGAAGAACUCAAAGCCAUGUUGUCAUAUUAUUUCAACACAAUGAACGAACAACGCAUGAAUGGAAUGCUGCCGGACCCUUUGCAGAUUUUUCCAAGAGCCGGCAAGACUCCAGGGAUCCGGAACAUACAUGGCCUGAAGGUUAAUACAAGACCUAACCCAGCCAACGACUGCACACAUACUGUCCCAGACUCCAUGGCUAACAACAGCUUAAAAAAGUCAUCUGCUGAGCUGAAGAGGAUCUUGACAAACGGGCAGAUAAAUGCCCAAGAUAUCAGCUAUCAAGAGCAACUUGGCCAUGGAAACGGAGGAACAGUUUACAAAGCGUACCAUCUUCUUGGCAAGAAGGUUUUAGCUGUCAAGGUCAUUCCCCUGGAUAUCACAGUGGAAUUACAGAAGCAGAUCAUGUCAGAAUUAGAAAUCCUCUAUAAGUGUGAUUCACCUUACAUCAUCACUUUCUUCAGUGCCUUCUUUGUAGAGAACAGGAUAUCCAUAUGCACAGAAUUUAUGGACGGCGGUUCUCUGGAUGUGUACAAAAGAAUUCCAGAGCAUGUGCUCGGAAGGAUCGCAGUGGCUGUAGUCAAAGGCCUGACGUAUCUUUGGAGCCUGAAGAUACUUCACAGAGACGUCAAGCCCUCCAAUAUGCUGGUGAACACCCGGGGACAAGUCAAGCUCUGUGACUUUGGUGUCAGCACGCAGUUGGUAAAUUCCAUUGCCAAAACAUAUGUGGGAACUAACGCAUACAUGGCGCCUGAGAGGAUAUCAGGGGAACAGUAUGGUAUCCACGCAGAUGUCUGGAGUGUGGGGAUCUCGUUCAUGGAGUUGGCGUUAGGGAUGUUCCCGUAUCCACAGAUUCAGAAAAACCAAGGAUCUUUAAUGCCUCUCCAGUUACUGCAAUGCAUCGUUGAUGAGGAUCCUCCAGUUCUUCCCGUCGGCCAAUUCAGUGAAAAGUUCAUUCACUUCAUCACUCAGUGUAUGCGGCGGCAACCCAAAGAGAGGCCUGCCCCUAAUAACCUCAUGGAACACUCCUUCAUCGUACAGUUUAAUGAUGGAAACGCAGAGGUGGUGUCUAUGUGGGUUUGUCGCUGCCUGGAAGAAAGACGAGCUCAACAGGCUCAGGGACGCGUCUAAUGUCCUCUACCCGCCCGCCUUUGAUGGACCUGGACAUGUGAUCCUCAAUAUUGAACACUUUAUAAAGGCUUCAGGGACAAGUAUGUGUCUAUACAGCACUGUACAAAUGACUUUAUGUACAUGGACCAGAAUCAGGAAGCCUUUAUGUGAGUAAAGAUCUCAUAACGUAUCUAUGUAACAUCAACAAGCUCACACCUCUUCAUCUCUGCUCUAAUGAAGAGCAGACAGAUUAGCACUUUCUUCAAAAUGUGGUCUCCAUUCAGCAGCUUUGUCUCCACAGUUAUGAUGCGCUGACUUAUACCACCAUGAAAAACUCAAAUCAUAGGACUGCAAUACACAGGCAGAGGUAUGUUCUGCCUUUUAAGUGGUAUCUGAAAUAACCAUCUAGUGCUUUACUAAAGACAGCGCUCCACUGAAUGUUAAGGUUUUUGCCUGUGAAUUACUGCCCAUGUGCGUGCCUGUUUUCUCAUUAGUGUCAUUUAUACCUCAGCAAACUUACAUUUUCACUAUAACAUUGCCCAAAAUAUGUACCUACAUUAGUAUCCAGUAGCUGCCUCUUUGGUGUUGACUGGACACAUAGCUUUUUGUGAGGUGUUUAGAGAACGACAGGCCUACAUCAUCCGUCUGAAGCAGCUCUGCUGUGUUACAACGUGGAUUAACAUGCUUCUGGGCUAAUUAUCGUUCCCACGCAUCAGGAGGAAGCAGGCUCUUUCUGCUUUAAGCACUUUUCAACUUGGUCACAUGUCUUUGAUUUCUACUUGCACACACAUGCCUGAUAUAAAAGGCUUUUUUAGAGGAAACAGUGUGGGAGCAUUUCUCCUCUUCCUCAGCUAGACAGAAAAACGUAAACGAAACGUAACUCAUUCAUCCCUUACUACCAACUUUUAGUUUAUUCUCAGUAAUUAGUGCAUCCCUCCCCAACCUUUAGAUCCUUUUUUAUUCAAGAUAUUUCAUGUUCUUCACAGAAAUAGGCUGUUUUGAUGCAGUUCCAAAAUAAAUCUGAUGAUAGACAUGACUGUAGAGAGGAAAACGUUAAUGCAGUGCACUUAACACCAAAGACCACUGAGGACAAGAAUCAGGAAUGAUAUAGAUUUCUAUUCCUGUGGCACAUAUAAUGUGUUUUAUUACUAAAAUGAAUUGCUCCUACAGACUUGAAGUGUUCAGUUGUUCAUAUAUGAAGAGCUCAAGUGCAAUUAAAAGCCACAAAGUGAAGGCAGUGACGUGAUGUGUUAAAGUGCAGGCACAGGUGUAACAGCAGCACAAUAGAAAAGGCUGAACGCACCAGUUUGUUCUAUAUGUGAUGAAGAGUUUCUUUAGUUCACUGUAAGAUGAGCUUUGUCCUCUGAGCAAUGAGGAGACACGUGUAAAGUAGGUAUAAGUCACUGCCCUUUGCCUGUACAUGGAAACUGACUCCAACAUUUCAUCUUUAUGUUGGGAAGUCUGCAAGAUUAUUUUUCUUUUUUCAUCAGCAUGAAUGUAAAGCUUCUGAUUUUAAGAUCAGGCUUUUAAUUUAGCUUAUAUCUUUGUUAUCUUUCUAAUGAGCUGCAAAGAAAAGACACAAGAACUCUGUGUGUGGGGAAAUCAUGAGCUAGGUGCCAGGUCCAGACUGAGCCACCACUUUUCGGGAAAUGUCAAUUUAAAGUGCAUAAAUUAAAAGUUCAAGACUGAACUUUACCAUGACAAACUGUUUCAUGGCGGGAGCGUAUGCUUGGCAGUUUAAUCAUCAUUCAUCUGUGCACACAUUGUGUCAUUUACAUAGAAAAUGAUUGGAAGUCAUGGUAGGCAAUUUAUUUGGGGGGCAACACUGAACAAGAAUAAAAGUCUUCCAGGAUUUUCUAAUUCAAGUGAGCUGAGACAAAUGAACUGCUCUGCCUCCUCUUGGCUCUGUGCUCAGGUCCGUCAGAGAGAUGGCAUCAAUAUUGGCUGUUAGAUAAAUGCUAAUGCAUGUGAAAGUACCAUCUGGUCGAAAAAAUGUUAGCCUGAUCAAAUGGCAAAAGAAAGCUUGGCAACAAUUGUAUUCUCUGCAAAGCAACCCAACAAAUGAUAAGCUCAUCAAUAAGAAAGUCUGAUGGAGACAGAAAAUGCAAUAAAAAGUGACAUGUUUCCAGCCUUGUAAAGCUCACCUGCAAACCAACUUUUUUUCUUUGCUGUUCUGUAAAACACAUCCUCAGGUUUAACUACAAAACCUCUGAAUACAGUCUGCAAUACUACAUCAUGUCAGUACAGUCUGGUGGACACCUCAGUCUGCAGGUAUCUGCUGUUUAUUGCAGUGCGGUUGGUCUAAACAGUUUAACGAUCCCUCUACUGGUUGUGUUCCUGACUCAUCGAGACAUGAUCUGACAUUAAAUUUGAAAUCUGAUCCUGGACUACACCAAACCUUUUUUAAAUAUAACCCUUUGUUAUUACUUUUGAUUCUUUACAAACAUUGCUUAUACAAAACAUUACUCAUGUAACACCCUUAAGUUUGAGACAGAGACCACUGCAGGAGAUUUUGUUUGGGUAAUCCAGUGAACUGCACGACCAGCAGAGAGGCUUUCAUCAUGAUUCCUCUAAUGUUGAAAUAUUUAAUCGGUGCCAUGUUUACAGAAACUGCUCAACUUUGGGAGGCAUGUCCGAGCAGAAUGAUGGUUAUAUGAAUCUGAUAAUUGGUCAAAUCAGAACUCAUCAUUCAAAGAUACUCCAGUGACUGAGUUACUUCGACAUGGUUUUGUAACAGUAGCACAAUGAAUGAAAAUGUGCCCUGUGUUAUUACACAUAGUGUUCAAUACAUUCGUCUUGCUGUAAUGUGGGAUGUGGAAAGCUUUAACGUGUGUUACUGCAUCUGUGUGAUAGAAACCUUACAGGAGGAUGGCCUUUAAUGUAAAUACCUGUAGAAAAGUGUGAAGUUAGAAGAGCUGAUGAGAUCUCUUCAGAUGUUAAUGUGUUCUUGUAUUUUAAAUAAAACCAAACAAAGAGAAGACGUUUAAUUUUUUUAACAGGGGGACUUAAAAUUCAGAGACAUAUUUUAUGGUUUGGAAAUGUACUCAUUGACUGUGAUUUUUAAAUAUGCACCCACAGAUUACGUGGAAAUAUUUAUUGUUUUUUACUUUGCAGUCUGGGUCGGGUCACGUGUUGUGACUUCUGUCAUGUUUUUUUUCUUGUUUUCACUAAGAUGCAUUAAGUCAUUGAUGGAUCUCAGCAGUAGUAUUAAUGCUGUGAUAUUACUGGCAGAUUUGGGCCUUUUCUGUAAUUAUCUGUGUUGGCACAUAUUCCAGCCAUAAUAGAAUAAAAAUAUUAAAACAUAAA